AUGGAUUUUUUAAUAAAUGUUAUCAUCACAUUAGCAGCAACUAUUACUUUUCUAAUUGCAUUCAUUAUCGUUUUCUCCACUUUUUAUUUCCCACAUCCAUCUGAUAUUUGUGAUCGACGGAAAUUGAUUUUUACGGAUUCAUUGUUACGUUUAAGCAAUGAAUAUUUGGGUGAAAUAAUAUAUAUUUUAUUUGGUCAACGAUAUCGAAAUAUCUUGACACGUAUAAUUUUUGCCGUUCCCCGUUUAUUUUACUAUUUUUCAUCUAAUUCGUUAAUUAUUCGAAAUGAAAUUAUUGCUAAUAUCAGAGUUCGUGUUUACUAUCCCAGAAAACGGCGUAGUAAUGCUAUGAUAUUAUAUUUACACGGUGGAGGUUGGACAACAUUAAAACCUGUUGAUUAUGAUGAAUUAAUACUUUAUUUUAUAAAACGUCUUGAGAUGCUUAUCAUUGCGGUUGAUUAUCGUCGAUCACCGGAAUAUCAUUAUCCAAUACCACUUGAUGAUUGUGAUGCAGUCUAUCGAAAGCUUGUUACUAUCGAUUAUAAAAGAUAUGGUAUCGAUCCGACGCUAAUUUUUGUGAUGGGUGAUAGCGCUGGUGGCAAUUUAGCUGCAGUUUUAGCGCAAAGGCAAUUAAGGGCAAAUUUUCAGAAACCAAAAUCACAAAUUUUGAUUUAUCCAGCAAUACAUCCAUUUGAUUUUCAAUCACCAUCUUAUCAACAACAUCGUAAAUUCUUUCCUGGUUGCGCAAUGCUUCAUCCACGAAUGAUGGCUCAAUGGUACUCAAAUUAUUUAGGUAUACCGGUUACUCGUAAGAAUAUACAAAAAUUUCUUCAUAAUCAACAUAUUCGAAGAGAAGGAAAGCAAAUUCAUAAAUUACAAUUAAUUAUUGGACAUAAUUUAUUACCAAUUGGUUUUGUUGAUAAGACAGAUAAGAAAUUUGAAGUGGAAUCAGUGGAUGAUAAUCUAUGUGAUAUGUUAGCAAAAUAUGCCUAUGAUCCUGAUCUUGCACCUAUUAUGGGUAAAAAUUUAGAAGGCCUUAGUGAUGCAAUGAUAAUCACAGCAGGAUAUGAUAUACUUCGUGAUGAGGGAGCAUUAUAUGUGCGAUUAUUAAAAUCAUACAAUGUUUCAGUAUGUUGGAAACAUUAUCAUCGCUCAUAUCAUGGCUGCUUAAAUAUGCCUUUUAGUAAACAUAAAAUGGAAGUUUUAAAUGAUAUUAUAAAAUUUAUCGAUUUACAAUUGAAUGGAAAAUCAUAA